AUGGUCGAAUUAGCAACAUCUUCGGUACAGCAACACCCCCUCUUCAGCACUUCUCCAACACAACCAGAAACGACCUUCCUAACCACUACCAUCUCACCCUCCUACACCUCCACCACAAGCGUCUUCCUAACCAUCACCCAGACGACACCCAUCAACAGCUUCACCGGAACCUGCAACACGAUAGUCACCACCAUCACCAACGCCCCCACCGUGACCGUCACGGCCACUCCAUCAUCAUCCCCUUCCACAACCCUCAUCACCACAACCGCCGACGCCGCCGCCGCCACCGCCACCGCCGCCCAGAACACCACCACCUCUUCGGCCUUGCCCUCUUCCUCCCCCUCGACCACCCCGACGCCCAUACCCCCGAUCACCACCACCGAAACUUCCGUCGAAACAGUCCUGCCGAGCACGAGUACGAGCACGAGCACCACCAUCUACACGCCUGCGUCAUACCCGCCUUCCAACGGUACCCUGACGGCGGCGGCUGGGACGCCGACCGUGCAGACGGCUGGUGGCGCGAUGCGUGUCGUCGUCCGUCUGCAGGGCUUGACAUUGUUGCUGCUUCCGUUGGUGUGGGCUGUGGGGCUGUAA